AUAUUGGACAGCGCGUACUAAGACUAUGUGCGUAUCAACCUAAAAGAUGUUCGGACGAGGGAAAAGUAGUCUCUCGAAGCCAAAAAAGGUUCAUUCUCUUGAAAAUUUGAAAUAUCUUCACUCCGUGUUACAAAAGAAUCGAGCUGUUAGUGAACAAAACUAUGGGAUACUAGUUGAAGCUCUUCGAUUAAUUGCAGAAAUUUUAAUCUGGGGUGAUCAAAAUGAUAGUUCAGUCAUGGACUUUUUUCUUGAAAAGAAUAUUCUGGAGUACUUUUUGCAGUAUAUGAAACAAGAUUUAAGUCGAAGAAUAUGUGUUCAGUUACUACAAACUUUAAAUAUCUUAUUUGAAAAUAUAACAAAUCAAACAGCUAUCUAUUACCUUCUGUCAAACAAUCAUACAAAUGCUAUCAUUACGCAUCGUUUUGAUUUCACCGACGAAGAAGUGAUGGCUUAUUAUAUUUCCUUUCUAAAAAUAUUAUCCUUUCGUCUCAACGUAAAUACCAUCAGCUUUUUCUACAUUGAGUCUCGUCGAGAGUUUAAUUUAUAUGUUGAAGCGAUUAAAUUGUUCGCUCACCCGGAGGGUAUGGUUCGUAUUGCUGUACGUACUAUCACUCUAAAUGUACAUAAAGUUAAAGAUGAAGCUGCUUUGGAGUUUAUUCACCAUCAGACUUCAUUAAUUUACUUCUCACAUCUUGUGUGGUCAAUAGGUAAUACAAUAUUAGAUAUUGAUUGUCAUAAGUGUCAAACUAAGUUGAAAGAUUUAGUUGCAGAGCAUAUUGAUCAUUUACACUACAUAGAUGACUUGUUGUCACUGGGUAUAGAAGGUUUAAAUGAAGUACUGUGUGACCAGUUAUUGAGGAGAUUAUUUAUACCGUUACAUAUCUACUCCUUAUUGAAGCAAUACAAGUCGGAUGCAACAACAAAUCUAGGGGCAGUUCGUAGACCUCGUCUAUCCUAUUCCGUGACAGUGUUUACACUAAUUCAUGUGUAUUUAUUUCUACGUGAUACUCGACUAAUCUGUUUACUUACGGAAGCUAUUCUAAUUGGCGAUCUCACAUUGCCUGGCUUAAUAAUACCUUGUAAUAUACCAUGUUCCAAUUCACAAAUUGUCUUCAAUGACCCCACAACUCAGGAUUGUUCUGUAAGUUUUCAAAGAAAUUUAAAUUACGAAGAGACUGAUGAUACUGCAUCUGAUGAUGAUCCAGCAAUGAUCAUUGCUAAAACGUUAAUUGCUGCCACUGUGUCUUUACGAGCUUCUGACCAAGCAUCACCUGGGCAAAGAUUAACUACCUACUUAAUACAUUCAGUGACAUCCAAAAAUCCAUUGAUAUUUUCUCAACCUAGUGAAUCAUUAGAACAUGGAUUAACUCAAGCGAAAGGUGUAACACCGACAUUGAUGUCUGUUCUAUGGCCACCCAAUGUGGCUCCACUAAAACUAGUGGAGAAGAAUACAGAAACUUACGUUCAGUCAUCCAUUUCUUCAAAUCCAUGUGAAAAACGCUCAUCUGAUCUGUCACCAGGCGAUUCACAAAUACAAUCUCCUAACAGCUGUCAAGAUUCGUAUGCAUCUUUUGAAAAAUCCCCAGUUAAAAUUGAAGAUUCAUCAUCUAAUUCAUCAGUCGUUUUUGAACAAAACGAUAAAAUGAUCGAUGCUGACUUAUCAAAUCUAUCUGGCCGUGUUUUUUUAAGAUCUUUAUUUCGUUCUUUGGAAAUUGGUUCCGGUUCAGAUCAAGAUGCUAUAUUCUCUAUUCUCCUUUUAUUCGCUAUAAAAUCAAAUAAAGGUGUUGAUUUGGCUACUUUGAAACUUGCCCAAUUAAACGGUCCCGAUAUAAAAAAUGAACCAUCGUAUAAUUAUACACUUGUCACAAAGCUUAUUGAAUUAAUUGGUGACGCAUGUAAAGCUGAAAGUCGUAUUCGUUUAAUCACUGUACGAAUGGCUAUUCGUUUGCUAACAGACUUAGUAUAUAGCGUCAAUUGUGGUUGUCAAUUAUCCGAUCAACAUUUCGCUGAAAUUAUUAAUGCUCGCGAAGAAGCGAUGCUUGUAUUAAGGAGCUAUUUUGAGAUUAGUGCAAUAUUUCUAGACCUGUUUGAAAAUGAAUUACGUCGUAUUCAAUCAGCACUUCCUCUGCUAUCUACAUUAGCUACAGAUGCUCGUCUGUUAAUACAACCAUAUUCAUCAUACUUGGAGCAAUCAGACGAGAUAACAAAACAUACUACUAAUGCUACUACUAGUAGUAAUAAGAUGCAAAUGUUAACAUGUAAUGAUAUGGAUUUAAUCUAUCGAUUACCGAAUAAUGAACGUGAGCAUAUUCAACGUGCAAUCGGGAUAUAUCUUAUUGUACAUAUUUGGUUAGAAAGAAUGCUGACUUUAAAAAUGAAUGUUACCUCAUGUCAAGAUGUUAUUGUCGAUGCUGAUAACAUUUGUUUAUCAGUUCAGAAUUCGGAGAUAUUUCCAAAUGAUUUGUUUUCCAAUCUUGUUGGUAUACCUGGAUUAGGAGGAUUUUGUAGUAUACCAGAUCCUAAAACAACUACACCUUCAUUAAAGACAGGAGAUAGACUAGACCUAUUCUCUGAAACACUGAUUGGAUGUACAGUGGAAUGUUCUGGCAUUCAUGAAAAACGUUUUAUAGUUAGUUGUGGUCAGCAGUUGGUUCUGGUAAAACCUGACUCAAAACAACUUGGUUGGGGUGUCAUAACAUUUAUUGGACCAUUACAAGAUUUGGAAUCUCAUUGUGAUCCAGCUGAUAGUCGUUGUCUUCAUGUGACCAUUCAUGCGCCUGGUCAUUUAACCUGUCAAAAUUCCAGUCCUGGACGAUUAUUCAGUAAUAUUAAUAAUACUGAUAGUAAAUCGCCGAUUAUGGUUGCAAAGUUUCUAUUUGAAGAUCAUAUACGUUGUAUGACAGCUCGGCAAUUAUUGUCCCGUGGUAAAACAGUCGUUGAACAAACGAAACUACGGAAGAUCGCAUCGUCGAGGUGAUAUAUAUGGAUACACGUCCACCGAAGUGGCUAGGAUGUGUAUGAUUUAUUUGUCUCGAAACAGCACAUCAAUUAAAGUUAUGUUGGAAUGCAUAUCAGGGUUUUUGGUUAAAGACAAUAAGACCUAUUGAUUAAAGGUAAACACAGGAAAUGUAGUCUUAUAUAUAUAGGGAAUGUUUUUUGUUUUCCUACAUCUUUCUCUUUUUUUUUACAGUUUGCUUGAUUUCCCACCUCAAUUUAUACGCGAAAAGUUUUUAGCUAACAACACAAGUACUGGUUAUAACAAUGGCAUUGUUGGUAGUAAAAAUUAUAUGUGUAAUAACCAACACACAAUGAUUGUCAACAACCGUUUUGAUCCGGCAAAUACACGUGGUAUGCACUUAAAUAGUAGCAGUAGUAGUGUUAAACGAAUCAGUACAAAUGUAAUAACUGGAACAAAAAGAGCUGAACAAUCACCGCCUGUGCAAAUAAGAAAGUUUAUAAAUGACAAUGACAAUAGUAAUACUAAUAAGGAUAGCAGUGGUAAGAUUGGUGAAAGUGUACGCCCAGGUGUUUGUCUAUUUGAUCAGCAAGGUGAUGUGAAUACAUCUGGUUGUUUACAUGAUACAUAUGGGACUGACUCAUCAUCGUUAGUGGCACCAUUAGUUUGUUUGGCUAAUUCAAGUACUUCAACAAUUUCAAUGACUAAAGCAAUAGAAUCAACUGCAUCAACGAGUACUCUUGGUGAACCAGUUGUAAAAUCUAAUCCACUGCAAACUUUUACCAUCAUUAAAACACCUAACAGUAGAAUAAUGAAUCAACAAGAAAUUUCCCAAUUAACGUCAUCUUCUGUUCACAAAACAGUAAGUGAUGGAAAAAGAAUCAAUAAGAAGAAGGAAGACAAGCAGCAGUGGCCACAGCUACAUGAGGAUGAGGACGAACAGAUUGUCGAUGAAAAGAAAAAACUUAUCAAUUUAUCUGAAGCGUUUUCCAAUUUAAAAUCAAAUAUGUUUACAAAUGACUAUUCAAGUGGAAAUAAACAAGCUGAACACCAGUGCUUAUCUUCUGAAUCCAAACAGUCAAACUAUUCAUCAGGUGAUAUUUCCGAUGUGUAAAAAUGAGAGACAGGGAGUAUGGAGAACUGAGAAUUUUUAUCUUUACAUUUUUGUUUGAUUACGACAAUGGUUGUUAUAAUAUUUUGUAAAUACUCGUUUAAAACCGAACGAACAGAUUAAUGAAAAGCGAAUGCAAUGCAUCUAUUAAUCUAUCCAUUUAAGCAUAUAUGUGUGUGUAAACGAACAAUUUCUGCUAAAAGAACCAUUUACCUAACGUACUUGAAGGUUGUUCGUAUCUUUCAAGUUUCUGUCUUUCAGUACUUCAUUUCUUCUUUUCUAUUCAAACUCUCCUUUGUUGCUGAAUAAACACAACAGAAUGAUUGAAAUCAUGUAUGCUCAUGUUUUUGUAUACAUAUGUGUAACUCACUAUCACUACUAUUACUAUUAUUACUGGUAAGUAGUGCUAGCGUAGCGUUACCAAUAUGCACUAUUAGUCCUUUCAUCAAAUAUAGACUGAGACAAAUACAUUCAUUAUUACUUGUUUUAAAUGUAUUUAAGAUUCAUAUUUUCAAGAAGAAUAAAUAUUUAUGUCAUUAUUUAGAUGUUUGUAAUAUUUUUGUUAUGACUAACAUCGGUAGCAGUCAAUAAUCAUUAAUUAUUUUUCUCCCUCCAUCUCUGUUUACAUGAUAACUUUAAUUUGAGUAGAGAGAAAUAAUUGAUAUAUGUACUUUUUGAAUUACUCAUAAAAAUAUGUAUUGGGUGAUUAGUAUAGAAUCCAAAUGAAAAUUCUUUCAUUUUCCAAAAGUAUAAAUUAUGUAAAUUGCUCUUAUUUAUCAAUUUUAUAAUCAAUGAUAAAUAAUAAAAAUGAGUUUCAUCAUAUAAUUUAUUUAAAAGACAGUGGGUUUUCGUCUUAUUCAAAUAAGAAAAAUACACAUUCAACUGUUACUAAGAGAUUGAUGAACUCAAUACUUUCGUGUAUAUUCGAAUUAACAUAUCGUUAAUUAAUUUAGCUAGCGAACUCCUAUUAUUCCAUCGCGAAAUUCUAUUUUUCAUAAUAUCUUUUGUAAAUAUUUUUGUAUUCCUCAUAGUCGUCUAUUGAUUUUAGUUUAACGCUUCACAGUUAUAAAGUAUAGAAAACAGCUUUUUUACGUUUUGCAUUAAAAUUAUGGAAGUGAAUACAAUAGUGUAGUACGGAACUUAUUUGGGGCAGAAA